UUGAGCCAUUUGUCCAGUUAUUUUACCGUACUACAACACCCGAGAUGCACAACGGCCUUGGCGGUCUUAACGUCAUAAACCUGGUAAAGAGGGAGAAUCAAACGCAAAGUUUUCAGAAUCUGACAACGGGUGACUGCGUCUGCAUAUCAGUAAUAUAAGGUUAACUUUAGGACAAGAAAUGCAGAGAUCUACCCGGCUAAAGCGUGAACUUCAGCUGUUGAGCACCGAGCCCCCACCAGGAAUCUCCUGUUGGCAAACUGAAGGCCAGAUUGAUGACCUGCGAGCUCAAAUUGUUGGCGGUGCGAACACGCCUUAUGAAGGUGGUUUGUUUUCUCUGGAGAUAAAAGUUCCUGAACGGUACCCAUUUGAGCCGCCAAAAAUGCGUUUCCUGACUCCUAUUUACCACCCUAACAUUGACAAUGCCGGACGCAUUUGCCUUGAUGCUCUGAAGCUACCACCCAAGGGGGCUUGGAAGCCUUCUCUCAACAUCGCCACCGUGUUGUCCUCCAUCCAGCUGCUCAUGGUGGAGCCCAACCCUGAUGACCCCCUCAUGGCUGACAUUUCUUCAGAAUACAAGUACAACAAGCAGGUUUACUUGGAGAAAGCCAAGAGGUGGACUGAGAAGCAUGCCUUUCAGCAGAACAAGGAGGUUCUUUUACUUAUUUAUAUCCAGUCCGAUUACCUGUUGGUGAAUUUUCCAGGGCUUGGAGGAGACUGAGGGAAAAGUGCAAGGCAAACUGGAUAAAACGUGCCGCAAGAGAGAAGCCCUCCUCUCUGAGGGACUUCGGGAUGACUCGAAGAAAGCCUGCAUGUAACUCAAGGACCUUUUGCUGUUUAUAUUGUAUAUUAUGUCAUUGUCCAUCCUGAUCGUCUCUUAUGUCUUCUGAAAACUAUAGUGGUGUGUUUUGUGUUUGUGACGUGUGACUUGGUAUUUCAUAUUUACUGUUUUAUUUGCUUGCUUUACAGCAUGUUCAAUAUUAAAAUCUAAAUCUUCA